AUGACAUACUACAAAUAUUAUCAUUACGAUCCCUCCCUAGCCGGUGCCUGCAUUUUUGCGAUUUUGUUCGGAAUAUUUACCAUUUGGCAUACAUUCCUCAUUUGCAAGCACAAGACUCUACACUUCAUACCUUUGGUCAUCGGCGGAAUUUUUGAAUUUGUUGGAUAUACAGCCCGUGCGAUAUCGAGUACUGAAGCACCACAUUUGACACUUGGUCCCUACGUUAUCCAAACCCUUCUUCUACUGGUCGCUCCGCCACUCUUCGCAGCUAGUAUCUACAUGGUCUUGGGUCGCAUCAUCCUCAGUGUGGACGCAGAGUCAUAUAGCCUUAUCAAACAAAAGUGGUUGACCAAAACAUUCGUGAUCAGUGAUGUUGUCUGUUUCUUCGUUCAGCUGGCUGGUGCUGGGCUAAUGGCUAGCUCCCAUGCAUCAAUGUCCGAGACAGGCGCUGAUAUUGUUUUGGCCGGAUUAUGGCUCCAGAUCGUAAUUUUCGGAUUAUUUUUGGUUUUGGCGCUGAUAUUUGACCGUCGUCUGCGGGCCGUGCCCACUCGUCAAUCAAAAGACGGCUUGUUGCCUUGGAAGAGGUUUAUGUGGAUCUUAUACAUCGCAUGCACCUUCAUCAUGGUUCGAAACAUCGUGCGAGUGGCAGAAUUUAUCGAAGGUUUCCAGGGGUAUAUCAUUCUACACGAGGUCUUUCUGUAUGUCUUUGAUGCUGUGCCGAUGUUGUCAGUGAUGGUAAUUUUAAGCAUCUGGUAUCCAUCGGGUUUCUCCAAAGGAACGGAAAGGACUAAACUAGAUGCACGAGACCACCCACAGCUUGAGCUUUCGGACAUUGAGUGA